AUGAAAAAAAAUCAAACUCACAUCUCAGAGUUCCUCCUCCUGGGACUGCCCAUUCAGCCAGAGCACCAAAACCUGUUCUAUGCCUUAUUCCUGGCCAUGUAUCUUACCACCAUCCUGGGGAACCUCCUCAUCAUUGUCCUCAUUUGCCUGGACUCCCAUCUCCAAACACCUAUGUAUUUGUUUCUCAGAAACUUGUCCUUCUCUGACCUCUGCUUUUCCUGUGUCACCAUGCCCAAAUUGCUACAGAACAUGCAGAGUCCAGGUCCAUCCAUCCCCUAUGCAGGCUGCCUAACCCAAAUUUACUUCUUCAUUUUUUUUGGACACCUUGGGAAUUUCAUCCUUGUGGCCAUGGCCUAUGACCGCUAUGUGGCCAUCUGCUUCCCGCUGCACUACACCACCAUCAUGAGCCCUAAGCUCUGUCUCUCCCUGGUGGUGUUUUCCUGGGUGCUGACCACAUUCUAUUCCUUGUUGCACACCCUGCUUCUUCCCAGAUUAUCCUUCUGUGCAGACAAUGUGAUCCCUCACUUUUUCUGUGAAAUAUCUGCCCUGCUCAAGCUGGCCUGCUCUGACACUCGUGUUAAUGAGUUGGUGAUACUUGUCGUAGGAGGAAUUUUUGCUGUCAUCCCAUUCUUACUCAUUCUUUUGUCCUAUACAAAGAUCGUGUCCUCCAUCCUCAAGGUCCCUUCUGCUCGUGGUAUCUACAAGGUCUUCUCCACCUGUGGCUCCCACCUCUCUGUGGUGUCACUGUUUUAUGGAACAAUUAUUGGUCUCUACUUAUGUCCAUCAGCUAAUAAUUCUACUGUGAAAGACACUGUCAUGGCUCUGAUGUACACGGUGGUGACUCCCAUGCUGAACCCCUUCAUCUACAGCCUGAGGAACAGAGAUAUAAAGGGAGCCCUCAGACGGGUCCUUUGUAGGAAGAAAUUUCUCUUCUGA